AUGGAGGCCUCCGCAAAAGCCCUCACGAGCUCGAUGAAACGGCUACACGGGGAGGACAAAGCGAUUCUGGUGGUUAGGAACACGGUCCCGGGGCACUGGGGCUGCACCGAGAGAAUGUUCGAUGGCCCCGUCAAUAAAAUCAUCGCCUCGAAGCUCGUCGCAGAGGCUCCCGGUUCGUACGAGUGGAAUAGCUUCGAAAGCCGCAACGUCCAGCUGCAGAAGGCCUUUUCUCCGGACAGGGGUUGGAAACUACUCGACGCUUACUCGCCGACCCUUCUAAGGCCGGACUCCCAUAUCGCGAACAAUGACUGCCUUCACUACUGCAUGCCGGACCCUGCGGAUCAUUGGGCGCGUCUGCUGUGCAACAUUCUGCUCGUGGCCAAAGACGACAGCGCGUAA